AUGGCAGAGGCGACAACAUCGCCCAGUGCAUUGCUGCACGUGGGACUGAUAAAGACUAUUUCUGCGGACUCACUUCUUGCAACAAUUGCUAUUGUCGUCGCCAUCGUCUUCUUCAUUCAGACAGUCUACCGAAGCCUUUUUCAUCCACUUCGUUCGGUGCCAGGACCAUGGAUCAACAGCGUAUCAGAGCUACCGGCCACCUUGGCUUUGGUGACCGGAAACCAGCACAUCUAUUACCGGUGGUUGCACGAGAAGUACGGCCCCGUGGUAAGGGUAUCUCCAAACGAGUUGGGCUUUGUCAGUGUACAAGCGCGAGAGGAGAUAUACGGACUUCGAAAGGGAGGUUUAAACAUGGAAAAAAGUCCCAUCUUUCUUGGCGCGGUGGGAAAUGUCAAUGGACAGACGGGUGUAAGCCUCGCCCUGAACGAAAACCAUGCACGUCAACGCAGAGCGCUGGGUUACCUCUUCACCAACAGCGCAUUGAUUCAGCACGAAAGUCUGAUCAGUGUGCAUAUACACAAGUUGGUAGCCGUUCUCAAGAGAUUUGCCCAAGAGAAACAAUCCGUGGAUUUCUCAGAUUGGUACACGUACGUGGCCUUUGAUGUUAUGGGAGAGCUAUGCUUUGCGGAGCCAUUUGGUUGUCUAGACCAAGGCUCAGUCACUGAAUGGUCGACUUCCGUGAUCAAUGUGUUUAUAGCAGCCGCUUGGACCCAAGGCAUACGUCGAUUGUCUGGAGUGGGGACUUGGCUCGAGUAUGUGCUGGUAAAACUCUUGGUGCCCAGAAAAGCAUCCCAGUGGCGCACCACUCAUCUGGAGAAUUCUCGCAAGAAGACGCUUGCCCGUCUUGGAGCCGGAGAUAGGGAUCACCCCGACUUUCUCUACCACAUUCUCAAGAAUGAGUCGAGAAAGUCGCUUUCUCAGACCGAGGUGGUUCUCAAUAUGGCACUCUUCAUUAGCGCAGGAACCGAUACAACGGCCACUGCUAUGACUGGCUGGACUUAUUACAUCUGCACACACCCAAAGGUCUAUGACCGUCUUGUGAAAGAGGUUCGUGAAGCACUUUGGGCGAGCGACGAUAUCAAGUGGGAAAAGGUGAAGGAUCUACGAUAUCUAGAGGCAUCUCUGAACGAGGCACUCAGACUUUUCCCGCCAUCCGCAGCAAGCCAACAACGUAUAGUCCCUCCAGGCGGUGCAACGAUAGACGGCUACUAUGUACCCGCAGGCAAGACCGUUGCCGUGUCGCCCUGGGCCACGACGCAUUCGAGUUUGAAUUUCUGCAAACCCGAUUCAUUUCGACCUGAGCGCUGGUUGGGGGAGGGCGAGCAAUUUACAAAUGACCAUUUGAAUGCGUCGCUGCCUUUUGGCACUGGGCCUCGGGUGUGCAUUGGCAAGAAUCUGGCAUACAUGGAAAUGCGCCUCCUUGCCGCCAAUCUGCUUUGGCAUUUCGACAUGGAGCUAGAUGUAUCGGAUUACAGGGCGAAGAACGAGAUAUGGGGUCUGAAUGGUAAAAUGAAACCUGUCAAGGUUUUUCACUCCACAAUGAAGCCGGAGCUAUGGGUAUCAUUGAAGCCAGUCGAGCAAAAUAAUAGCACGUAG